AUGGCAGAAGUUAUUGGUGUGGUUUCCAGCGCCAUCACUUUUGCAACCGUCAUCGCUCAGGUCACAGAAUCUAUAAUAACGAUCAAGGACUGCUGGAACCAAUUUCGAGACGCGCCCGAUGAUUUGAAAUACCUGAUGCGAGAUCUGGAGCUGUUCGGACUUAUUCUAGCCGAAAUUGAGGAAGACCUAUUACAGAAGGAUGUCGCAUUCGCCUUGAAGAAUAGUAAACACGCUCUGCAAAGUCUGCAGUUCUCCAGAGAAGCCGCUACGAGCCUGACAGCGCUAUCAGAUGAGAUUAUGCGUGACAUGGACUGCUCUAGCCGUUUGCGAAAAUCCUAUGCUGCCGCAAAAGCGGUGAUGCAGAGGGGGAAACUAGAGAGGUAUAUGACACGACUGCGAAACGCUAUACAUUUGCUAUCACUGUCCCAGCAGUGUCAUACAAGAGCGCUUAUACGCGUUCAACCAGAUUUGAUUGCCGAGAGACUAAGACAAGGCAACAACAACACAUCGAAUAUCGAGUCAAAAGACUACUCUCACGAUGACCUCUUGAGGGGCGAGACAUCCGAAAUAUUGAAUGGCCCAACAGAAAGGGUGCCAAAGGGCAAGUCACGCCACGCCCACACAUCUAAUAACUUGUGGCGCCUUAGUUUGCCACCAUGGCUAUAUAAAAAGGCUCUAGAAGUGUACAGUGAGAGGCACUGUCACGGUUGGCAAUGGAUUUUUCGAACGUAUAAUGUGAUCCCAUCAACAUCAAAGGUAGUCUCAUUGACGAUAGCUGGCAAAGUUGAAGAUUUACAAAACUUGUUUGCAUCGAAAAAGGCCUCUCCGUUUGAUCGAACCGAUCGCUUUGGAUACACGCUUCUACAUUAUGCCAUGCUCGGGCCCAGGAAGGCGAAGGUUCUGAAAUUUCUCCUCGAGCAGGGAGCUGACUCCUCUAUCAGCGGAACACACCCAAACCUUGAAACACCUCUGAACACUUUGGUAUUCUGUGGGACCCUUGGACUUGGGAAGGGUCAGCCACUACUUCCGUCUUUGCGUCUUUUACUCCGCUACACAAAACAAAUAUAUUACGAAGAUACGGCAGAAGAAAUUAUCAAUGGUUCUUUAUCUCGAUUUCGUGGCUCUAGCGAAGAGUUCAAGUUUUUACAACAACAUUGCUGUCCUUCAUAUUACGAAAUGUCGCAAGAGACAAGAGUUGCAGUGGCUUGCAAGGCCGUCUUCGGCGUAUGGGAUGCCUAUCAUAUGCCUGAGUUGAUUCAAACGAUGCUUGGACCAGCUCCUUUGACAGCCCAGGACCUCCAGCUAGAAGGGCCGUGGCGUUAUGAUUCACGAAAUACGACACUUGUACAUUGUGUUGUGAGAAAGAUUGGAGCAUCCCAGGCUGCUCUGCAAGGGUCUCACCCAUGGAAAAGACAAAUUCGUCAUCAAAGUGGGCAAGUGGGAGCUUCUUUUCGAGUUAAGAUGAGGGAUGGAUAUAUUCAUCUAUACAAAACGUGGGGAAAUCUUUUUAUGGGUUUCUUGCAAGCUGGUGUGGAUUUGAAUCACGUUGUUGGCCGACAGACGCUGUUGCUUGCCUUUUUAGAAGGAUAUUUUGACUGGUUCAGGGUAUCUAAAUGCCACAUUGCAUCUCCAAGUGAAGCACUUCGCAACUGGUUAGCAGAUCUGAGAGGUGCUGGCAUUGAUCUGCAGAAAUUCGGGAAGAUAGAAGACAGCAUCUGGAAAAGGGAACUUGUCCGGGUUGACUUUGGCGCAGAAGAUGAGGAAAACGCUAGCUGUGAUCGACUGAUUGGGCUCUCUUAUGGCCCGUCUAUUGCUGACUGGUCUGUGUGGCUGUCCCCUAAAGAGGAUACCUUCAUGGGAGAUUUUUGGCGUUUGGUAGAGAAGCCCGCCGAGACGAUGGCCGGUGGAUGGCCCUGUCAAUAA